GCGUGAUUACUCAGCACGCGAAGGCAAUUGGGCUGACUCAGCUCGCUGCAGAACAUUUGCUACGCCGCCUGUACCUGAUUGAGGAUUGAGUUGGGGGGCAGUCCAUGAGUAGAGAAGGGGAAAGACGUUUGUUAUUUUUCCUUGCUUUCUGUUAUUUCAAUUUUAUUUUGGUAUUAUGUAGUUAUCUAUCAAAUCAUUUCCUAUUAUUAUUAUUAUUAAUAAGUUACUUAUUCCUGUACCAAACCACUGGAACCACAUACCACCUCAACAUACAAGCGUACAAGCAGUGAAAUAAUAAACGCUGAUACAGAAUGCAGACGCCAACAAACUGCUGGUUUUGUCAACAGCAACAGAGAGAGGUGAGCUGUAUUCAUCCACGCAGGUAGGGUAGGUAGGUACAGAGCAAAGUAGAGAGUAUAUAAUCAUCCUGCCAUCCCAAAAAUUUCUGCUGUGGAGUUGCUGAUGAUAAUAAUAAUAAUGUCUCUCUUCCUGCGCCCACUCUAGCGCCUCUCUAGCCUCCUUAGCCUCCUUAGCCUCCUGCUUAGCCUCUUUAGCGCCCAGCCCCCAAAGCCACCAACACGAGCCUCACGGUAUCCGAUACGCCCCAUUACACCGUGUUACGCGCCAGAUACCAGGUGCACCGCCCUGUCUCACCGACGCGGUGCGGCGGUGACCAUACAUGACGUACGUGUCCUCGCCUCUUUUCCUUUUCCAUGUUGCUUGGCGGCUCUUUGGCUCCGUUGUGUUGUGCCAUCUUGGCCUCAGCCUCUGCCCGCCUUGUCCAAACCUCCAACCUCCAACCUCCAACCUCCAACCUCCAACCUCCAACCUUUCAACCUCAACCUCUGUCCUCUCUCUCUCUCCCCCCUCCUCCUCCUCUCUUGAUCCUCUCUCCAUCCUCUCUCUCUCUCUCCAUCCUGUCCUAUCUCCAACUCCAUCGUCAACGCCAUCGUCAACGCCAUUCCCACCUCCCACCACCACCAUCAUCAUUACCUCCGAAGCUCCCUUCACCCCAAAUACGUCGGGAUGGUCCCAAUCUAGCCCUCCCGUCUGCCCGUGUUCCUGCUCUCGAGUUCGAGUUCCCUAGUCGCACAAAGUCAAGGCACUUGACAGCCAAAUAAUUAUACCUCCUUCACCUCCGUCUGCGACCUACAAAUCCCCAUCCAUUCCUGUCUGCUAGACACUACGUCGUAACUUGGAGCCACGUCAACAUCCCAUAUACCGGCGCCCGCCAAUCUCCUUCCUUUCGUCCUCUACAUCUAGCCGUAUCUGUUCUCCUCUACAUUAUAUAUAUAUAUAUCUAUACAGUAUAUAUGACAUGUUUUAUAUAUUUGCCGUUCCCGAACCAAGGCAAUAUCAACAACCAAAUAAGUCUUAAUCUGACGCUUCGCCGUUGCACAACCCCUGUCGCCGUCUAAAACAAUUACACUCGCUUCAUUUGCUAUUCGGUCUGAUAUCCUGACUAGCCGCUGCUACACUUUAAUUGCUUUUUUCUUCCCUUUUCUUUUUUCUAUUUUCUAUUUUCUAUUUUCUUCCCCAAAGGGCUACUUUCGCGAUAUAUUUUACAUACGCGCACACAAUAGCCACACAUCUAGUCGAAUGAUAAGCCAAGGAGAGAUCCAUCUGUUUGCCGAUCCGUUUCUCUGCACGACUUUUUGAUCUUGGGGGCUUUCUUUGCUUCAUCCUUGGAGGUUUUGAUUGUUCUUUCAAAUUCUCCGCGCGGAUAAAGACCUAUUAAUUGCCUUUGGGUCAAGUCAAGCGAACAAUCGCCCCUCCUUGAAACACGAUCAAAGGAGAAAUCAAGGAUCUAUAAAAUAACCCUUGACCUUAGAUCUGUCUGUCCUUGAGACCAAUAUUUUUUUGUGACAAUGUCCAGCGGGAAUCCACCAGAUCCAACCGGGGGGAACCCAAGUCCUUCUCUUCCCGACUCUCCUUCUAAUGAGCCAACUCAACCGCCAUCAGAGCCGACACAGCCGCCACCGCCCACUACACCGUCACCCCCAUCUCCAACCGUACCGCCCCCGAACCCCCGGCCCCCGCCCCCGCCCCCGCCCCCAGAACCUUCACAGCCUCAGCCUCCACGGCCCACCACCUCAAGUACUCCGAGACCUCCCUCUCCCGGACCCCCUCCCCCUGCGACUACUCCUCCCCCGGAGACGCCAUCACCACCCCCACCUGCACCGACCACAAAUCCGGGAAACCGUUCAACUGUAACAAUCACGUCCACCGCUUCAAAUGCACCACCAGCUGGCACUGAGGCUCCCAAUUCAACUAACUCUGGACUACCGUCAGUGGGUCCUCAUCCACGCCCUAGCAAUUCAGGCUCAGGUAGCCUUUCUACUAGUGCCACCAUCGCUCUUGCCGUUAUCGUUCCUAUCUCUUCGGUGACCUUGAUCAUCCUUGUCCUACUAUGGUGGUGGAGGAAACGGAAAGCUAGAAAAAUGGCUGAAGAGGAACGGAAGCAGGAAAUUGAAGAGUAUCGAUUCAACCCCAACAAUGACCCGCUCUUGCCCGCCGUGGGUAAUUUUGAUGACGGUAACGGCCUGAAAGAUGGGAAUACCGGAGGAUAUCGCGGUUGGGGCACAACCACCUCUACCUCACGGAAGCUGUCAACCAAUCUAUCAAGCGGCGCUGGAAUACCCGCCUCUGAUAAUGGCAGCAACCCAGGCCCUCCGAGAGCAGUAUCUCCUGUGGACGACUCUAUACCCUACGAGGACGACCAAAGGCCAAUAUCUGGUGACUAUUCAGGACUCGACCCUGUUGCUGCGGGUAUGCUAGGCCACAAUGCCAACUCUCAUGAUAUUGUCCAUCGCGGUCCAUCAAAUGCUUCAUCCGCUUAUUCCAAUGCAAACCGUUCGGACAUAUCGGACGAUAUUCCCGUGCCCGGUGUCGCACCCGGUACGGCGCAAUAUUAUGAUGACCCGUACUACACCGACGGAGCCGGGCAACCUGGAGGUCCUUUCGUGGACAACCCUUAUGGCGCACCACCUGUGAUCCGCGACGUACAAGCGAGACGGAAUACGCGAAUCGAAAAUCCAUCUGUAUUUCCGCAACAAGGGAAUGCGGGAAUAGCGCAGAACUUUUAGGGGCUUCUCGGUUCCUGCCUUUCAACUGUCUUUCCUUGCGUUUAGCCGUGUUUUUCUUCUUUAUUUUUACAUUGUAGUCCAUUCUGCUAGUCCCUCCCCGUUUGAUUUUGCUUUUUCUAUUUACCAUCCUACUUGGAACACAUUAUCCACCUGGUCUGGAGAGUAGAUCAUUUCCGCCGCCACUUACUUUUUUCCCUUACCUUCCUUUCCCGGUCCGUCUCUGGCCUAGGUCAAUAUGAACGAACGCCUUCCCCCAUUCUAAUUAGGUCUGAGGCUUUUACCUUUUCUUCAGCGAAAAAGCCUCGAAAGUAGCCGCAUGAUUGCAAAACUAAGUCGAAACGAAUACCCAACUUCCCCGCCUCAGAGGAACAAAAAAAACCAAAAAAAAAAAAAAAAAAAGGCCAAUUAAUAGGCACCUCUUUGCAUGACAUACCGAUAUCCAUCCUUAAUCGAUUGAUACCGCCUCUAAACCUCUUCAAAAGCAAGUAUACCAAACCCAUAGUACCUGGACCCUUCUUUUCCUCUCGCGUAUCUCGUUUACCUUUUUGCUACAUAUCCUUCUCAUCUACAGAAUUUUAUAUAUAUAUUUUCCCCCCAAUUAUCUAUCUCCCUUCUUUUGUUCGGCCUGGCUGCUCCUAAUUUCUUUUUAAAUAUAACUGUACCUAUCUAUAUCCAACACACAAUUUAUUACUUCCAACCCUUUUUAUUUCCUUUUGCCCUCAUACGCCGUCAUCACCAUCACAAUCGGAACCGUUCUACUAUGCCUCUUUCAAUCUUCUCUUCCAAAAGUCAUCCACCGCAUUUCCCCUCUCAUGUUUUAACAUGUAUCACCUCGUCUCGUCCCAUCUUAAUACCUGGCCCCGUCUUUGCUUUGUGUUUGCCUCUCCAUUGAUAUAUAUAUAUAUAUAUAUAUAUAUAUAUAUAUAUUUUUUGUAUCUACGAGUAUAUUCCCAUUAUUUAAAUAGUAAUGAUUUGAUUCGGUUUUUACACUCAUCUCUAUAUGUAUUCAAAAUACCGCACCGGGCACUCCCGUUCCCCCAAGUCUCUUGUAUAAUUCUCAUCAAUCGCAUAUAUGUUUGUUUAUAGUAUCUGUCUGGUAUAAUAUAUCGUAAUAGUUCCAAUAUCAGUCCAUGAUAGCAUAGCGUCGUACGAAAGAAAACAUCACCCCCGGGACCGCGAGCACGUUCGAUACAAUUUCACUACCCGUCAUGAUUUAAACGAGGUUUGAUUCCCGAUGAAAGAAUGGAGCCCGACGCGGCUUUUUGAAAACAAUUGACUUUUUUCUUUUUCUUCCCCUCUAACCCUAGGAUGAAAACUAGCCAGGUGCGUGUGUAAGUAACUCUACAGUUUUGCAUGUGUUGGUUAGUUAAUCAUAAAAAGUGAGAUAGAUGAUGUAAAUAAUCUGUCUGCUGAGCUGGGUUUGUGUUUGUGUUCAGUUUCUUACACCCAUUCAUUCCCUGUCAAUGUUAAUGUAAAAGAGAAAAAGAAACAUAUCAUAAGUUAUCUAGAUAGUAGACAGUCAGAGGAGUGAAAAUCAUUCAGUGUAACUAUGUAUAUCAGUAUGCACAUCCUUGUUCGUUAUUUCAAGAAUGACCUGUGUAGUUACAUAAUGUCUGCUAAGAUCCCAUGGAGAGACCACUUUCUGUAAAUAAUAAUGAAUGUAUCAAACCCUGAUGU